AUACUAGUGAUCCGGCACCGGUCUUUGCGAGUCGCAACGUACGCAAUCGGCCGAACAGGUCGAUUUUAACGCGGUGAACGUCGUGAUUUCGUCACGUUUUCGUCACGUUUUCCAAGGAAAAAACAACAAUCUUUUACAGAGAAGAAUCGUUGCGGAUGCAUCGAUUGUUUCCAACAUAAUCGGUGCUUCUGAUGUAAUGGGAAAAAUAUAUUCACUUUAGUUUCAAAUUCUUCAAGCGAGACUAGGAAACCGUAUGAAUCUAAGGCCGAGUAUAAAGACUUCGAAUACUGAAUAUCAUGGAAAUAUUGAAACUCAACUGACGAAGUUUCGAAUGAGGAUUAAAGUCGACAUUAUCAUUCGGUGAAAUCAUCGACAAGCUGGAUUCAUUGUCCGAUGCCGAGUUUAUGAUUGAAAAUAUUUGUUCACCGGGAUGAUAACUUUAUAAUUCUAGAUGUAACAGAAGUGAAAAGUCUCUCAGAUGUCACGUAUUUGUUCAAGUUGGAUUGAUUCAUCGAUAACGAGAUAGUGACGAUCCCGUGAAGUCUAUUGCAGAGAGAUUGAACGUCUCUGCAUCUCGACGGUAAAUUUUAACUGUCACAGUUGUGAGCAAAAUUUGACAGCUAAAAUAUAAUAUGGCCUUGCUACGUUACACAUGGAUUUUGAUAUUACUAGCUUUAACAUAUGUUCAGGGAGACCUUAAAGUGUCAACGCAGGAUUUGAAAGUACUUCUCAAUCAGCAAGAGAAAUUUAACUUCUCCUUGACGGAACCUUUACCUAAUGACAGUACUGCAAUAGUUACAAUAGUUGUACAACAUUCUGAUUUGAUAUCUACAGAACCAUCUAAUUUUAUUAUUACAUCGGGGGAAAAAAUAGAAUGGGUUAUUUAUGUAAAAGGUCUGAGCGCGGGUCAUUCAAUUGUUAGCGCUAAUAUAACUCCCAGUAAUAUUAUAGAUGUCUCUCAAGCAUUUAUUAGAGUGACUAUAGAGAAAUCAGAUUCGCUGUAUCACAUCAGUGCUGUGGUUGGAUGGAUGUAUUUUUUAGCAUGGAGUGUAAGCUUUUAUCCGCAAAUCUACAUUAAUUAUAAACGUAAAAGUGUUGUGGGUCUUAAUUUCGAUUACCUCUCACUAAAUGUUGUUGGUUUUCUUAUGUACGCAUUAUUUAAUUGUGGCCUUUACUGGAUACCUGAGAUUGAGGAUGAAUAUUUUAAUCGAUAUCCAAAAGGUUUGAAUCCUGUACAAAUCAAUGAUAUAUUUUUUUCUCUACACGCAGUAUUUGCUACUAUCGUAACUAUCGGACAGUGUUUCAUUUAUGAGAUUGGUAAUCAAAGAGUAUCAACGACCGCACGUAUUAUUCACGGAAUAUUUGCGGUAUUUAUAUUAAUAUCUUUAAUAUUAUCCUUCGUCCACACAAUCCACUGGCUAGAUUUUCUCUACUACUGUAGCUAUGUCAAGCUCAGCAUAACGCUUAUUAAAUAUGUACCACAAGCGUAUUACAAUUAUAGAAGAAAGUCCACGGUUGGCUGGAGUAUAGGAAAUAUAUUCUUAGAUUUUACUGGUGGCGUCCUAUCAAUGCUACAAAUGAUACUCAACGCUUAUAACUAUGAUGAUUGGGAAAGUAUUUUCGGAGAUCCGACUAAGUUCGGUCUAGGAUUCUUUUCUGUGGCAUUUGAUAUAUUUUUCAUAAUUCAGCACUAUUUCCUAUACAGGAAUCGUACCGAGUAUAUCCACCUGCCUGGUCAUUGUCAGGAGAAACCCGAGAGCGGAUGCAGCGUAUAAAAAUAUAUCUCGCUUGUGGCUACCCCCCCGUCAGAACGCUUAAAAGAUAAUAUUUGUCGCAAGCCGAAGCAUCUCUUUUUUCGCGAGUCGAUCGACAUUCAUCGUCUCAUCGCACAUUAUUUUACAUCGUCUCGUAAGA